AUGUCCUGGCGGCGGGACGGGGGCGGGGCCAGCGCCGGCACUUCCGGGGCGCCCCCUGGUGGGUACGCGCGCCGCCGCCGCCGCCGCCGCCCGGUGUCCCGCGGUUCGGGGCCGCGCCCGCCCGGAGGCACCGGUUCACCGCGGGCCGCCCCGGAGCGGUUCCCCCGGCAGGCGGCUGCAGCGCUGAGCGUCCCUCCGGGUGCGGGCCGCGGAGAUCGGGUCCUUGGGGCCCACCGGGACCCCCAGCCCGCCGGUGCUGGGCACGGACCAGACCCGCCGCGCUCCCGGCCCGGCCGGGGUCCAGAAACACCUGGUGAGGGGGCAGCUUCUGGGAGGGAGUCACGACACAGCGGCGGGGCGGCACGGCACGGUACGGCACGGUACGGCACGGAACGGGGUCACUACGGGUGGCACAGAGCACAGCAGACACGCACACCGUCACAAUGUUCAGAGGGAGCGCACCCGGCAUCGCGCCUACCGCUGCGCCCGGCCCGUCUCACCCGCCGUCCCCCCGCCCCGGUGCAGCCUGAGGGCCCGGCGCGGCGGGACACAGUGCCCCCCGGUCCCGGUGGACACCGAGGCGAGGUGGCGGGUGUGCUCGGGCGGCGGGACGGGCCCCGGCGGGGGUCUCGGUCCCACGGGCGGUUUACACACUGUACAAGUAUUUACAGCGCGAGGGGCAGCGGGGCCCGGAGGAGGAACCCACUGGUCAUCAAUGGGUGCUAGCGGGGCUGGGGCUCUCCUCCGUUCCCCCCACGAGAAUGCCGCGCUCCCCCUGGUCCCACAGCCGCCGGCCUCUCCCCCAGCCUUGGGCACAGGCAGAGCCACCACGAGGGACCCGCCACGGAGUGUGGGCAUCCCUCGGAAACUGGGCCCUUGAUAACAAGUGCAUAAAUCUGCGAAGAGCUUUCAGUACAGCGAUGGACUGAUGGAAAAGAGAAAAAGAAAAGUCCAGGCAAAGAACAGCAAGCACUGAAAGGCGGGUGGAACCGUGCAGAGAAGUAGCAAGCCAUGCUCUACGACGGGACAGACGGUCACGGGCGCUAGGGCUGCCCUUCGGCAAAGUGGCCCUCCGUGGGUCGAACAUGCCACAAAUUCAUACGCACGGGUGGUCGGUAAAGAGUAAGUUCUCAGGUCGCUCGGCGGCACGCUUUGCGAUGAAACCCUUUAGGCGCGACAUUAAACCGAUUAGCUAUUCA